CGCCGCGUGGGCUGCUGGUUACCAUAGUAACCAGAGCCGCUGGCUGCGGCACUCGUGCCUGGAAUUCCGCAGCUUUUGUGCCCCGCGCCCGCGCGAGAGCGGUGGUCACUCGGAGCCCGCCAGCCGCUCUGCAUGAGGAGGGGACACCAGCGGGGGCCUAACAAUAGGGCCCUGCCGUGGCCUCACAGAACAGAAUGGAGGCAGUGACCAAAGAAACAGCGUUCCGGCGCUGCCCCAAGUCGGCUGCUUAUACCCCAGAGACCCGCAAGCUGCUCAAAGAGAUGAUGAAGGAAUCCAAACUAACCAGCUUCCAGCAGCGCUACCUCACGGACACUAUGAAAAGAGGAGACCCUUUGCCCCUACAGUGCAAUCCGACAUCCAGCCAGCAAGGCUCACCUUCCAAACAGCUGCCACCAGCCACCCACCUGCCUCCUGCCCUGGCAGCCCGGUCUCGCCUCCGGCCUGCCAGCAUGUGCCGAGCCAACGGGGCCUACAGCCGUGAGCAGUUCAAGCCUCGAGCCACCAGAGAUCUGGAAAAGGAGAAGCAAAGACUCCAAACUAUCUUUGCCACCGGGAAGGACCUGGCAGAAUGGAAAAGAAAGGCAGCCCCUGUGCCGCAGCAGGACCCAGCUCCUGAGCCCGACCGCUUUGAAGAACUUGUGAAGGAAGUCCAGGAGAGGAAGGAAUUCCUGGAUGCCAUGGAGGCCCUGGGGCAGGGCAAGAAGUACCAAGGAAUCAUCCUGGCUGAAAUCUCCCAGAAACUACGGGAAAUGGAAGACAUCGACCGCAGAAGGAGUGAGGAACUUAGGGAGGCUCUUGCCACCACUUAGUCAGAGGCGGCAGGGCAGCUCACACUGGAMCGCCGCAGCCCGCCCCUGUGCCAACCACGUCAUCCAGGCCAGCCACUCAUGUCAGAUGGCUGCCCAGCAUGGCACUGUCAUAGASUGCAGAUGCUGCUCAGGGAUGCUGGGGACUACGGGUGGGGUCUCAGAGCCACCCAAUGACAGGGCUUCAGAUCUUCUGGGGACAGACACAGCAACAGUGAAGGCCCAAGUCUCACCACCUUGGAAGUGCGUCUGAGGGCAUCUGUGGCUCUCUUCCCACCACCUCCAGCUCCUGUUCCUGCUCAGUUAGUUUCUAGACUUGGGGAUGAAGACGAGCCUUCCCUCCCGCCUGUCUUGGGAUCUACUUAUUUGAUGACUUAAAGCCUUGGCAAAUAUUUAACAACAGUGAUUAAUUGGCCAAUAAAACACAUUUAACGUGGGUCAUUACACGUACCACCUUGUUUUCACAGGGAUAACGCUUAUUUGCACAGAGUUAGACUUUGUCCAACAUGGACGGUUUCUAGUUGCCUGUUUGCACAUUUCAAGAGGAAAUGGGACUGACACUCUUGAGUACCCCAUGGCCAGUAGCCAUGGCAGGUGAACUUCAGUUAAUGAUCUCAACAGACGGCGUGAGGCUUCAUCA